AAUAAUUGAAUUCACAAAACGUUAUCUUAUUGUAAAAAUCAAUAUUUUUCUUAUUUAAAUUAAGAUGGAGAUCUGAAUGGUCUAUCUGGAACAAGAUUGGUGAUCCCGUGCUUCACAUCCAGCUUAUGAUCAUUGCUCCUUUGUCUAAUGUUAUGAUCAUUGCUCCUUUGUCUGCUAACACUUUAGGCAAGAUAUUUCUGGUGGGUUAUGUGAUUACCUAUUGAAAUGUAUAUAAUAAGAGCGUGGGACUAUAUAUAGCAAACGGUUGUUUGUUGCACUGGCGAUGAACACCUUAGAUGUGGAACAGUUGCUUGAUGAACUUGGAAUCAGUCAUCAAGAAGAAACUGGCCUGUGGAGAGUAGUAAGACUGUUCUGGGAGCCGCAGGCUCAUUAAACAAUGUGAUGGAACGAGUUGAGUUUUACUUAGCUACUGAUUGCUCUGUUUUUUUCUAGUCAUAGGUCAAUCAUCCCAUAUGAUAGAUGUAUCUUUUUCUUGAAUACACUAAGAACAUGCAGAUAUUUUAAUGGGAAAAAUGUCAUUUAAAUCACCAACUUUCAAAUUGUGGUUAUUUUAAUCAUGAACUUUUUAGGUGGCCAUUUUAAUCAUGAACUUAUUGUUGACUUAUAUUUUAAACAUCAUCUUUUGUUGACCGAGUCAAAAUUAUCACGACGUUAAAUUGUUUAACAGAGCUAAUAACAGACGUUUAUGUGUCGUUAACCAUCCUCUGUUAGUGAGAAACGACAUCGUUUGGCAAAAACUAAAACCCCCAAAUCCAUUAAAUCGAAAUCCCUAAUUUCUGAAAACCAAAUCCCUAAUUUCAAAUCAUCAUCUUCUCCAAAUGUCGAAUGUAAGAAAGAGUAGCUAUAUUGAGAUGUUGAUAGAAACAAGUCGACGAGGAUCGCAGAGUGUUGAAUGUGUUGUCGGAGACGGACCUGAAGCUCCACCACGAGGUGAAUCACAGAGUGUUGUCAGAGAUAGAGUUCAUGCUGAACUGCAAGUCGCUUCGGAAUCUGGGGGCAGAGACGGAGAUCGAGCUCAGACUGAAGACAUAUUGAAUUCUGGUGGCGAAGAUAGAGCAAGACAUGGAUUUGGCUCUUGUUGUUUUGAAGAUGAUUGUAGGGUGUAUGGUGAUGAAGAUUGUGAUAUUGUUGAUGAUGCAAUAGGUUGUGAAGAUAACAAUGAUGAGGAAGUGGACAAUGGUUUAGCUAUUGAGGAAGAUGCUAACAUAAACAUUGAAGAAGACUUUCCAGAGGCUGCUAGACUUGAAGAUGUUGGUUCCGAUAAUGACAGUGGUGACGAUAUCUAGGACGAAGACAAAAUUCCAGAUCCUUUGUCAUCUGACGACGAGGAUGAGUUGGAAGACAUAGACAAGGACGAUGCAACUCAUACAAACAAAGCCAGCGAAGAUCCAGAGGGUUUGUUAGCAUUGGAGAAAACUUACAACUCUCCUGAUGAUUUCAAGCUCUCCGUUUUGAAGUACUCCUUAAAGACACGGUAUGACAUCAAAAUUUAUAGAUCUCAAGCUCUGUUGGUUGGUGCAAAAUGCUGUUAUGUUGAUGAAGAUGGUAAUAAAUGUCCAUAGAGAGUAUAUUGUUCAUAUAAGAGGAGGAAGCAUAAGAUGCAAAUAAAGAUUUAUAUCAAUGAGCAUAUAUGUGUGAGGUCAAGGUAUUCAAAGAUGUUGAAGCGGUCUGCUAUUGCCUUUUUGUUUGAAGAAAGGUUGAGACUCAAUCCGAAGCAUACAAGACAUGAGAUGGUUGUUGAGAUUAAAAGAGAAUACAAGUUGGAGGUUAGUACAGAUCAGUGUGCUAAGGCGAAUACCAAAGUUUUGCGUACAAGAAAGGCCAUGAGUCCCAAUUUGCACGAAUCUGGGAUUACCAAGCAGAGGUGUUAAACCAAAACAAAGGCUCCGAGUUUGAGAUCGAGACAGUACCAGGGCCAGUCACUGGAAGCAAACAGAGGUUUUUUCGUUUAUAUAUAUGUUUUAAAUCAUAAAAAGAUUCUUGGAAGGAAACCUAAAAUGGCCACCUAAGAACUUCAUGAUUAAAAUGGCCACCUAAGAAGUUCAUGAUUAAAAUGGCCACAAUUUGAAAGUUGGUGAUUUAAAUGAUAUUUUUC